AUGGCGACUGCAGCGAAGCGGCCGAGGGUGGAGAGGACCCCCAGGGGUGGGGACAGCCCUCUUCCAGACUUCCUAGAUUGGUGCCGCAGGGUCGGACUGGAGCUGAGUCCCAAGGUUUCCGUGAGCCGGGAGGGCACCGUGGCAGGCUACGGGAUGGUGGCCCUGGAGGACGUACAGCGCGGGGAGCUGCUCUUCGUGGUGCCUCGGGCUGUGCUCCUGUCCCAAAAAACCACCGCCAUUCGGGACCUCCUGGAGAAAGAGCAUGGGGCCCUGCAGAGCCAGUCGGGCUGGGUGCCCCUUCUCCUGGCCCUCCUCUACGAGUACCUGGCCGAGGAUUCGCCCUGGAGCUGCUACUUCUCCCUCUGGCCCGACCUGGGCAGCCUGCAGCACCCCAUGUUCUGGUCAGAGAGAGAACUGAGACAACUCCUACAGGGUACUGGUGUGCCUGAAGCUGUGCAAAGGGAUCUGGCCAACAUCAGUCACGAAUAUGACACCAUUGUCCGGCCUUUCUUGGAGGCUCACCCAGAGAUCUUCCCCCCUCAGGCCAGAUCUCUGGAGCUCUACCGCCGACUUGUGGCUAUGGUCAUGGCCUACAGUUUUCAGGAGCCACUUGAAGAAGAGGAAGAUGAGAAGGAGCCUAAUCCCCCUAUGAUGGUGCCAGCUGCUGAUAUCCUGAACCAUGUGGCGAACCACAAUGCCAAUCUGGAAUACUCUCCAGAAUAUUUAAGAAUGGUAGCUACCCAGCCAAUCCUCAAAGGCCAAGAGAUCUUUAACACCUAUGGCCAGAUGGCCAACUGGCAACUGGUACAUAUGUAUGGCUUUGCUGAACCGUAUCCUGGGAACACAGAUGACACAGCUGACAUUCAGAUGGUGACAGUGCGAGCAGCGGCCCUACAGGGAACCACAACUGAGGAAGAGAGAUGCCUGAUGUGUGAGCGCUGGGAUUUCUUGUGCCGGCUGGAGAUGGUAGGCGAGGAGGGUGCAUUUGUCAUUGGCAGAGAAGAAGUGCUCACUGAGGAGGAGUUGUCUGCUACACUCAAGGUGCUCUGCAUGCCAGCUAAGGAGUUCAGGGAACUCAAGGAACAAGAUGGCUGGGAAGAAGAUGAUGGUGAGGACAGCGUAACACUGACCAAUAAAACUAUUCCCAAACUCAAAGCUUCAUGGAAGACACUCCUCCGAGCCAGUAUCCUGCUGACCCUGCAGGCUUAUGCCACAGACUUAAAAAGCGAACAGGAACUACUUAGCAACAAGGAGGCUGGGGCCAAACUCAGCUGGAAGGAAGAGCAGGCUUUGCAGGUACGCUAUGGCCAAAAGAAGAUCUUGCAUCACCUGUUGGAACUGACCAGUUCCUAAGCCUCUCACCUGAUUCCUGGAUCUCCUUCCCUCCACAAACUAGGGAAGUACAUUAGCCUAAACUGCUUUUCAACCGUUACUGCUGGUUUUUUGUUGUUUUGGGUUUUUUUUGUUGUUGUUGACUUUCUAUUCUUGCUAUAUAAAAUUUCUUAUAGUUAA